AUGGAUGGGCUGGACCGCCGCCCCCCCAAAGCCGAAACCGGCGCGCCUCGGAGGAGAAACGCCGUCCGGGGAGUCGUCGCGGACCGACCCCCCUCCCUCCCCCGCGCGCACCCGCCCUCAGCCGCCGCGGCUCGAGCUCCAGCCGCCGCCGCCGCUGCCGCCGCCGCCGCCAGAGGCCACGGCCUGCGCCGCGGGGCGGGGCGCGGGGCGGGCGGAUGUGGGCCGGCCGGCGGGGUGCGUGCGCUGCCGUGCGCGCUGGUGGCGCGCGUGCCUGCUGGCGGCUCCGCGGCCCCGCGGCGGAGCGGGCGUGCCCCGCGGGGCGCCUGUGGCCGCUCCGGGAGCCCGCGGCGGGCUGGGACCCCCGCGCGGCCCCCGGGUCCUCGGGCCCGCAGCCCGACCGCGGCCUGGGGAAGUAGCUCCGCGCUGAGGCUGACAGCAGCCGCGCCGCUAGCCACGCCUGGAGGCUGGCAGAGCCCGGAGCCGGCGGGCCUCUGCCUGGGUUCGCCCGCGCCCUCGGGCGCCUCGGCCACGCAGAGCUUUGUGUCUGCUCCCAGCCCACCGCCAGCCCUCAGCCCCGCCGGCCGCUGGCGCCGGGGGAACUGCAGAAAGGGUGUGGCACGAGGACCGCUCCCCCGGCUGGGCGCGCCGCUGCGCACCGACUCCCCCUGCAGCCGCCCAGACCUCAAUAGGGCGUUUCCCUCGGGAAGCAGCUGCUGGAAUCCUGGCAGCCACGUGCCAGCAGUCAAACCUGGGGCCUCAGCGCUUCAUCUCCAGCUUGAGGCUCAUCACCCUCCUCCUAGGAUUGUCUGGGAAAUUCAGAGACCUGUGCACCAUAAGCACGCAGGAAGAAACGUGAUAGUAGAAGCAAAAGGCCUGGCAGUGCCCAGCCGACUGGCUCGGUGGUUGAGCGUCGACCUAUGAACCAGGAGGUCACCGUUCGAUGCCUGGUCAGAGCACAUGCCUGGGUUGCAGGCUCGAUCCCCAGUGAGGGGCAUGCAGGAGGCAGCUGAUCAGUGAUUCUCUCUCAUCACUGAUGUUUCUCUCUCUCCCUCCCUCUCCCUUCCUCUCUGAACUCAAUAGAAAUGUAUAUUUAUUUUUUAAAGGCCUGCCAGCUUCUGUCUCUUGUGUUCCAUCAUCCUAACCUCUCCUCCCCCUGAAUUCCCACAGGAGAACUCACUCGGGAAGGCGCAGGACAGACACGUGUUUGGAAGAAGGAAGGGGAGGGGAGUGCUUUUUCCAGACAAAAAAGCCUUCCCAGCCGCCUUGGGAGGGAGGGCGGUGGGAGGGCUGAAAAGGAGGGGCUGAGAGACAUGGAGCAGAGUGGCCUGUCAGCAAGCAGGCCUCCAGGAGAGUGGCGGGACCUUGGAGCAGGAGUGUGGGGGAUGGCAUUUGUGCAGACGCAGCCACGGCUGCCUGGUGGCGAUUCUGGACCGACCAGAGGAGUGGGCAUUGUCAGGACGCCUCCUGGACAGGAAGGAGCCAUGGAGAGACAAGCAGGCCGGUGGCACCUGCGAUGAGCAGAUGCUCUGAGACCAGCACCGGGCACCAGGGUCUGCCCCUGAGGCAUGCACUGGAGAAACAGGAAGCAGCAAGCUGACUGGGGGUGAACAUCCAAACAAGGGAGAGUCCAGAGUGAGGAAGCUCACCCCUGUGGGGUUCUGCCAGAGGCAAGCCCAGUGCAGGAAGGACUGCUGGCCAGGAUGGUCCGGGAGACCAGCUGGGGAGGCAUCCCAGCCCGGGCACAGCUGCAGUGACAGCAGGAGUGUAGCCCUGGAUGCAGGACAGCAGCUGCUGGAGCUCAGUGCACGUGGAGGGCAGGGGAGGCCGGAGCACACCCAUCCUGAGGCGGCUUACAGCCAUGCAGGUCCGUUGGAUUGUAUCUGGAAGACAAAGGUAGCCUGUGCACACAUUUAAAUCAGAGUAGAGUUUAACCAGUUUGCAGGACUUGUACUGAGUUUUUAGAAUCUCUUUGGGAGCAAUGUAGAUGGUGGUGGCUGGGUCAAAAUGAGAAAGGGGGCAGAAGGCCAGUAAAAAUGGCAAAUAACUGAAAAGAACAAGGAAAAGGGUAGUGGAAAGAAAGAAUGAGAGAUUUUCAACAGUAGAAUCUCCUGGACUUAAUUCCUGAUUGGACUUUGAGGGCAGAAGUGGAGGGGUGCAGGGUGAGGAGGCAAGGAUGAUGCCCAGGACUGUAACUUGGGCAAACGAGUCCAUCGCGGGGACAUGACCAGAGCCAGGAGGGCGGCUGCUGGAAGAGGAGACAGUGAGUUGAGGUGACAAUGUGACGAAGGGGAUGGGUCACUUAGGGGGCUUUGGCUGCGAGUAAUAAAACCCCGAAACGGUGGGCAGUGCUUUAGGGCACAGAGCAGGAGGCCAUUCCAGCAAAGAUGCAGCUCGCGGCCACGCCCGGCUCCUUCUCUAACUGGGCCCCGCCCGCCCGCGGGUGCAGGUGGUUGUCGCCACCCCAAUACCACAGGCUCCGCAUCCAGAGGGAGGAAGGAAACCAUCUCCCAGUCUGGCCAGCGGGACGCCAGCCUCUCCUCGCCUGUCCCAGCCAUCUCCCCAUCAGCAGAAUUGGGUCGCGUGCCCACUCCUUAAGCUCGCACGGGUUUGGGCCGAUCCUCAGGGGGAGUGGC